CGAUUGAGUCGCGCUCUUUCUCUCUCUCGAGCCCGGCCCGCGUUAGAGCUUACAGGCUAAGGAAGCGUGCCGGAGAGAGAGAGGGAGAGAGCCACCACCAUGACGAAGUCCAGCGGCGCCCAUGUGGUCGGAGUGCCCGUCACCUCCAAGGCGUACGCCAUCGAGGAGGCGACGACGAGGGACGGCGCCAAGAAGGUCGACGGCGCCGAUCGCCUCGCCGUCUCGUUGACGCACCCGAGCCCUUAUACGUCGUUCGGCUACAAACACGGCAGUAAGCUCCAGGUGAUCCACUGGGUGAACAAGCUGGGCAGACGGGCUCAGAGCUUCAGGGAUCAUGUGACCUUGGGGCCGAAGCUGUCAGAGACGGUGAGAGGGAAGCUGAGCCUGGGCGCCAGGAUCCUGCAGGCCGGCGGCGUGGAGCGCGUGUUCCGGCAGGCCUUCUCGGCAGAGAAGGGCGAGCGGCUGGUGAAGGCCCUCCAGUGCUACCUCUACACCACCGGCGGCCCCAUCGCCGGGAUGCUCUUCGUCUCCAACCGGAAGAUCGCCUUCCGCAGCGACCGGUCACUCGCCGUCACCUCCCCGGCCGGAGACGUCGUCGCCCGGGUGCCAUACAAGGUGGUGGUCCCCCUGAGGAGGAUCAAGAGGGUGCGGCCGAGCGAGAACGCCGACAAGCCGGAGCAGAAGUACAUACACGUGGCUACCGUAGACGGUUUCGAGUUUUGGUUCAUGGGGUUCGUGAGCUACCAGAGAUGCUGCAAGUACAUGCAGCAGGUGAUCUCAGAACUGUAAUGCAUACAUAGCACGGUGCACCCACGAGGGCGAGGCCAGCCGGCGGCCGGCCGCCAGCCGCCUCUACCUUGUGGCACUAUGACAGAAGCGAAGUGUAUGGGCUACUACACGGCAACCUCUUGUUGGAACGUACGUACGUAGACCUGAACUGCUCCACCAAUUUUUUAUGAGAGCGCGUUCCUUCCUCUUGUGAUUUGGCAGAUGCAUGUGUGAGUUCUUGCAAUUGUACAAGCUCUACGCGCGUACUGUUUGUAGGAUUGAUGAUGAACCAAGGAACUUGGUUUUGCUGAAUGAAAAUAUCUUAAUUCUU